UAAACAAAAGCCACUAGGAGACAAACUCAAUCGAAGGAGCCAGUUCCGCUGGCUGCAGGACUAAUCAUGAGUGGAUCCUGGAAACUGGUCCUGCCCAUUGGCUUUGUGAUGUAUUCGCUGCCUCUGUUUCUGCGAGUCAACGGUACUUCAAACUACAUCAUCGACGAGGAGUUUCAUAUCCCACAGGGCCUUGCUUUUUGUCGAAAACAGUUUGACGUGUGGGACCCGAAGAUAACAACGUUUCCCGGCCUAUAUCUCAUUGCCCUCAUCUUGAAUCCAUUCAACUACUGCACAGUGACGGGCUUACGCCUGCUGAGUCUUAUCGGCGCGGGCAUCAACAUAAUGCUGCUAUACAGGAUCCGACGUCGAACGUUGGCCGGCACAGGCGGCAAUUCCUAUGCGGCGCACGAGGCAAUAACCCUAUCGGUCUUGCCGCCACUAUACUUUUUCAGUCACCUGUAUUACACGGACACCCUGUCGCUGACAAUGGUGCUUAUGUUCUACCACUUCUGGCAGCAUGAGGCACACUUGCCCGCGGCUGUCUUUGGAGCUGCCAGUGUCCUAAUGCGCCAAACGAACAUCGUGUGGGUUUGCAUGGUCACCGGAAUCACUGUGCUGGACACGCUCGUCCAGCAGUGCGCCCAGAGGCGUGCAGUGCCCAGAGGACAUAUCAGACUCCUAGGAGCAGAUAUGUGGCUGCAGCUGUUGGGCACUCCCCAAUUGCUGUUUAGCUGUAUAUUGAGCAUUUUGGCCAAGUGCUGCUUUUACAUAUCCGUCAUACUGCCCUUCGUUGGAUUCCUGUGCAUCAACGGUUCAAUUGUAGUGGGUGACAAGAGCGCCCACGAAGCCUCCCUAAAUCUGCCGCAAAUCUUCUAUUUUGCCAUAUUUACUGCUGUCUUUGCCGUAUCUAACACAUUACGCCAGCUUCGUCCCGCGGUGGAGAUGCUUCGCCGCAAUAGAAUCCUCGCCCUUCUGGCUGUGGUCUCAAUACUUACGGUAAUCCACCUAAACACGGUUGUGCAUCCAUAUCUGUUGGCCGAUAACCGUCACUACACUUUCUAUGUGUGGAGCCGCCUGUAUGGUCGGUUCUGGUGGUUUCGCUAUGCCAUGGCGCCUGCCUAUCUGUUCGCCAUGACAGUGCUCUACUGCGGGCUGCGUCACAUGCCCGACAGCUUUAAGCUGAUGUUUCCCCUCAGCCUCGUGCUGGUUCUGUGCUUCCAGCGGCUCCUCGAGCUACGAUAUUUUCUGGUGCCCUACAUCCUUUUCCGGCUAAACACGCGGCACACACGCAAGGGCUACUCCGAGUGGCUGGAGUUGGGCGCCCAUCUGCUCCUGAAUGUAGCCACAUUCUAUGUGUACUUCACCAAAGAGUUCUACUGGCAGGACUACAGCACCCCGCAGAGAAUCAUUUGGUAAACCCAGACCCAACCUCAGACCCCGAUUCACCAUUCACAUAUUCUAUACCAUUCCCGAAAUUUCGAAAUCGCAAUGGCGAGCAGACAGAUUCACAGCUGCAAUAUUGCAUAUGGUUUAAGCAUUUAUCAAACUUCUGCGUUAGUUUUCUGAUACGCGGCAUGAAAAUGCAGCUCCUUGCCAUUUUAAAUAUUGCUUUUUAUUCGUUGCAUCGCUACUUGAGUAAGAAAUUGCUCUACGUUUUCAGUUACAAAAAAUGGGGAAGAAUUCUACGCAUAGGUUUGGUAAAUAUAUAAAUAUUAAAUUGGGGCGUAUGCCCCUAAAUAUUACUUGAUAAAUACAUAUGUAUAUAAAAUCUUACAGGCUAUUAAAUUGGACUCAAAAGAUAAUACUGACUGCCGAGGCAAACAUAAAGAGAAUACAUGUAUCGAAGGGAAAACACUUAGAGCAUGCUGAGAAAAUCUACCGAAAUCUAUCUGGUAAUGAUAAUAAUAAAGAUAAUUAAUAAUGCUGA